CGCGACCGGAACCUCCGAGAAAGUUCCCGAAGCUGUGCCGGUCGUUUCCGGAGGCGCUUGAGUGUCGGAGACUUGGCAAUCCCAGUGGCGCCGGCUUGUGACGAGGAGCUAUGGCUUUGCUGUGUUAUAACCGCGGCUGCGGCCAGCGAUUCGAUCCCGCGACCAACGCGGACGAUGCCUGCACAUACCACCCAGGAGUUCCAGUCUUUCAUGAUGCAUUAAAGGGUUGGUCUUGCUGCAAGAGAAGAACAACUGAUUUUUCUGAUUUUUUAAGUAUUGUGGGCUGUACAAAAGGGAGGCAUAAUAGUGAGAAGCCACCUGAGCCGGUGAAACCUGAAGUCAGGACUGAGAAGAGAGAACUAUCUGAAUUGAAACCCAAAUUUCAGGAGCACAUCAUCCAAGCCCCUAAACCAAUAGAAGCAAUAAAAAGACCAAGCCCUGAUGAACCAAUGACAAAUUUGGAAUUGAAAAUAUCUGCCUCUCUUAAACAAGCACUUGGUAAGCUUAAACCAUCAUCAGGGAAUGAAGAAGAUAAGAAAGAAGAAGACAGUGAUGAAAUUAAGAUUGGUACCACAUGUAAAAAUGGAGGGUGUUCAAAGACAUACCAGGGUCUACAGAGUUUGGAAGAAGUCUGUGUGUAUCAUCCUGGAGUACCUAUUUUCCAUGAAGGGAUGAAGUACUGGAGCUGUUGUAGAAGAAAAACUUCUGAUUUCAAUACAUUCUUAGCUCAGGAGGGCUGUACAACAGGGAAACACAUAUGGACCAAGAAGGAUGCUGGGAAUAAAGUUGUUCCAUGUCGACAUGACUGGCAUCAGACAGGGGGUGAAGUCACGAUUUCAGUGUACGCCAAAAAUUCACUUCCAGAACUUAGUCAAGUGGAAGCAAAUAGCACAUUGUUAAAUGUGCACAUUGUAUUUGAAGGAGAGAAGGAGUUUCAUCAAAAUGUGAAAUUAUGGGGUGUGAUUGAUGUCAAACGAAGUUAUGUAACUAUGACUGCAACAAAGAUUGAGAUCACCAUGAGAAAAGCUGAACCUAUGCAAUGGGCAAGCCUUGAACUACCUGCAGCUCAAAAGCAGAAAGAACAAAAAGAAGAUACAAAGGAAUGAGUUGAAAGACAAAAAGCUUUAUUACCUGUUUUAGGAUUUAUAGCAUGAGGUGAAGUGUUGAUUUGCUGCUCUAGUCCUUUGUUUUGUUAUUGAUGCUGUUGAAUCUGGCAUUUUGUGUUAAACAGUAGAGCUUUUUCCUUCCUUCCUUCCUUCCUCCCUCCCUCCCUUCCUUCCUCUCUUACACACACACACACACACACACUCACUCACUCACUCACUCACUCACUCACUCACUCACACACUCCUAUAUAUCAGAGCACAUCUUAGCUCUGACUACUGGUGGUGCCAAGGACUAAAUCUGAGAUCUCUUGAAUGCAUGUCCUGUGUGCUACCACUGUGAAUCUUCCUGAAAAAUGUAGGUUCUCAAAAGCCAAAGUCAAUUUGUCAUUUUGUGCCUCUCAUCUUUGAGUUACAUGAGAUUGCUUAUUAAUUUUCCCAUACCAGUAGAGCUUUAAUGUGUCCUCUACUUGAGGAAGUUAGAAAAAGCUCUUAAAUAGCUAUAGUACAAUGUUAAGCUGAAAAAAGUAAAGAAAAAAUUGUUUUGCUCACCUCUCUUAUCUCAAUAAAGCAAGUUGGAAUGUC